CACAGCUACUGUUUCCCAUUCUCCUCUCUUCCACUCAGCUUCGCUCCUCUUCUCUCUGCUCUUCUCCACUCAUUCAGACCGCAUGCUCCCAGUCAUCUCUGGCACUGUUGGGUCUGUGUGGCCAGUGGAAGUGGACCCGGACACCCUGAAGGUGUUUUCCCGAUCCAGUGGAUCUGUGGGGAGGGGAGGGAGGGCCGGGAGGGGGUGCAGGUGAAGAGCUCUGUGUCGGAGGGAAACAGGUUGCGCGGCUUUGCGGCAGGGGCUGAGGAGGGUCAUGCUUCAUGAGUUAAGUGGAUUUCGGACAGAGACCCCUCGCGCAUCGCCGCCCCAAUGUGGGGCCCUUUUCCGGAUGGCGGGAACGUCCGGCCGGGAGCGAUGAACCAGCUGGAUGCUCCUCGGCCACUCAACUGGACCAUACGGAAACUGUGCCAUGCAGCCUUCCUUCCAUCUGUGCGCCUGCUUAAGGCACAGAAAUCAUGGAUAGAAAGAGCUUUCAGCAAGAGAGAAUGUGUGCACAUUAUUGUAAGCACCAAAGACCCCCAUAGGUGCUGUUGUGGCCGUCUAAUUGGCCAACAUGUUGGUCUGCCCCCCAGCAUCUCAUCCAAUCAGAAUGAGAAGUCUGAGCGUGUGCCAAAGAAUGACAGCUUGUCAGAGAAGUGGUCCAUCAGCAAGCACACCCAGCUCAGUCCCACUGACGCCUUUGGAACCAUUGAGUUCCAGGGAGGUGGACACUCCAACAAAGCAAUGUAUGUACGAGUGUCUUACGACACUAAGCCAGACUUACUGCUGCAUCUGAUGACAAAGGAGUGGCAGCUGGAGCUUCCCAAACUGCUCAUCUCUGUUCAUGGAGGACUUCAAAACUUCGAGCUGCAGCCCAAACUCAAGCAAGUCUUCGGCAAGGGUCUCAUCAAGGCGGCCAUGACCACUGGGGCCUGGAUCUUCACUGGAGGAGUUAAUACUGGAGUCAUAAGGCAUGUUGGAGAUGCUCUGAAAGACCACGCUUCCAAAUCAAGAGGGAAGAUCUGUACUAUCGGUAUUGCUCCUUGGGGGAUUGUGGAGAACCAGGAAGACCUGGUGGGCAAAGAUGUGGUCCGGCCGUACCAGACGAUGUCUAACCCUCUUAGUAAGCUAACGGUACUCAACAGCCUACACUCCCACUUCAUUUUGGCUGAUAAUGGCACCACCGGAAAGUAUGGAGCAGAAGUCAAACUGCGCAGACAGCUAGAGAAGCACAUCUCUCUGCAAAAGAUCAACACACGGAUUGGACAGGGUGUUCCAGUGGUGGCUCUGAUAGUGGAGGGGGGUCCUAAUGUGAUCUCUAUCGUGCUUGAGUACCUGAGAGACACUCCUCCUGUGCCUGUGGUGGUGUGUGACGGCAGCGGUCGUGCCUCUGACAUCCUGGCCUUUGGGCAUAAGUACUCAGAGGAGGGCGGAAUCAUAAACGAAUCGUUGAGAGACCAGUUACUAGUCACCAUUCAGAAGACGUUUACAUACAGCCGGACGCAGGCCCAGCAUCUCUUCAUCAUUCUGAUGGAGUGCAUGAAGAAGAAAGAACUGAUAACAGUGUUUCGGAUGGGAUCAGAGGGACACCAGGACAUUGAUCUGGCCAUUCUAACAGCACUUUUGAAAGGGGCCAAUGCAUCAGCUCCAGAUCAACUGAGCCUGGCUUUGGCCUGGAACAGAGUUGACAUCGCUCGAAGCCAGAUCUUCAUUUAUGGACAGCAGUGGCCCGUGGGCUCUCUGGAGCAGUCUAUGCUGGACGCACUGGUGCUGGACAGAGUGGACUUUGUGAAGCUGUUGAUUGAGAAUGGAGUGAGCAUGCACCGCUUCCUGACGCUGUCCAGACUCGAAGAGCUCUAUAAUACGAGGCAUGGUCCAUCCAACACCUUGUACCAUCUUGUCAGAGAUGUGAAAAAGGGUAACCUGCCCCCUGACUACCGCAUCAGCCUGAUUGACAUUGGAUUGGUAAUUGAAUACCUCAUGGGCGGAGCCUAUCGAUGCAAUUACACCAGGAAGAGAUUUCGGACCCUCUAUCACAACCUUUUUGGACCCAAAAGACCAAAAGCCCUGAAGCUGCUUGGAAUGGAGGACGACAUGCCCAUUAGGCGAGGACGUCAGAAGACCACAAGGAAGCGAGAGGAGGAAGUAGACAUUGACCUGGAUGACCCAGAAAUCAAUCACUUCCCUUUCCCUUUCCAUGAGCUGAUGGUUUGGGCAGUGUUGAUGAAGCGGCAGAAGAUGGCCCUGUUCUUCUGGCAGCAUGGCGAGGAGGCCAUGGCUAAAGCGCUGGUGGCCUGUAAGCUUUGUAAAGCCAUGGCCCACGAAGCAUCAGAGAACGACAUGGUAGAUGACAUUUCACAGGAGCUCAAUCAAAACUCAAGGGAGUUUGGUCAGCUGGCUGUUGAGCUGCUCGAUCAGUCGUAUAAGCAGGAUGAACAGAUGGCCAUGAAGCUGCUAACCUACGAGCUGAAGAACUGGAGUAAUGCCACCUGUCUGCAGCUGGCAGUGGCCGCCAAGCACAGGGACUUCAUAGCCCACACCUGUAGCCAGAUGCUUCUCACUGACAUGUGGAUGGGACGUCUGCGUAUGCGCAAAAACUCUGGCCUAAAGGUUAUCUUAGGCCUGCUCCUACCCCCCUCCAUAUUGAGUUUGGAGUUUAAAAAUAAGGACGAGAUGUCAUAUAUGCCUCAGGAUCAGGACACCUACCUGCAGGAGAAGGAUGUGGAUGAACCUGAGAAACAAGCUAAGGAGAAAGAGGAGGAGGACAUGGAGUUCACAGUAAGAUCUUACUGUGAGACGCAGUACAACUCCGUGGCUAUGCUGGGGAACGUCAGUUCAGAAGCGUCGCGUAAGAAACAGGUGGAAGAGGUUCAGAACCGCCAUCGGCUGAUUCCAUUUGGUCGCAAAAUUUACGAGUUUUACAACGCCCCUAUCGUCAAGUUCUGGUUUCACACGCUGGCUUAUGUAGGAUACUUGAUGCUCUUCAACUAUAUUGUUCUGGUGAAGAUGGACCUGUGGCCCUCUCCUCAGGAGUGGAUUGUUAUUGCCUACAUUUUCACGAAUGGUAUCGAGAAGAUGAGAGAGAUCCUGAUGUCAGAGCCAGGGAAGCUCCUGCAGAAGGUCAAAGUGUGGUUGCAGGAGUACUGGAACAUCACUGACCUGAUGGCCAUCCUCAUCUUCUCCAUCGGGAUGGUGCUUCGCCUGCAGGACCCGCCCCUGAUGAGCUACGGGAGGGUCAUUUACUGUGUCAAUAUCAUCUAUUGGUACAUAAGACUGCUUGACAUCUUUGGAGUGAACAAAUACCUGGGUCCAUACGUCAUGAUGAUCGGCAAGAUGAUGAUUGACAUGAUGUAUUUCGUGAUCAUCAUGUUGGUGGUGCUGAUGAGUUUCGGAGUGGCGCGUCAGGCCAUCCUCAAUCCCAAUGAGGACCCGUCCUGGAUGCUGGCACGCAACAUCUUCUUCAUGCCGUAUUGGAUGAUUUACGGAGAGGUGUUUGCCGACCAAAUCGACCAUGUGAAUAGUAGGAAGCUACAGCACAAAGUGAAUGACAAACUCUGGCUGGUCGAAAAUUACAUUCGCACUCAAGGAACUGGGCGUAACAGUGGUCCAUCCCAUAUAGCUCCAUGCGGCCAGAACAUCACCACAGAGGAAGGAGUCGUCAUGCCUCUCCCACCCUGCAAAACUGGAGCUUGGAUUGUUCCCGCCAUCAUGGCCUGCUAUUUGCUGGUGGCCAACAUCCUUCUGGUUAAUUUGCUGAUUGCUGUAUUUAAUAACACAUUCUUUGAAGUGAAGUCCAUCUCCAACCAGGUGUGGAAGUUCCAGAGAUACCAGCUGAUCAUGACCUUCCAUGAACGCCCUGUCCUUCCUCCUCCUCUCAUCAUUUUCAGCCACAUAACUAUGGUCCUCAAACACCUUUGCUGUCGCUGGAGGAAACAUGAUGAGGAUGAACGGGAUUAUGGGCUGAAGCUCUUCAUUACUGAAGAUGAACUGAAGAAGGUACAUGACUUUGAAGAGCAGUGCAUGGAGGAGUACUUCAGGGAGAAAGAUGACCGCUUCAAUUCUUCCAAUGAUGAGAGGAUUCGUGUGACAUCUGAAAGGGUGGAGAACAUGGCGAUGCGUCUGGAAGAAGUCAACGAGAGGGAACAUUUCAUGAAAGCGUCCCUGCAGACUGUGGAUAUCCGGCUCGCGCAGAUGGAGGAGAUGAUCGGCCGCAUCGCUGUGGCACUGGAGCGAGUUGCUGGUAUGGAUCGGGGUGAAGUCAACAAAGCUCGAUCCAGGACAUCAUCUGACUGCACAGAUACAAAUUACAUCCUGCGCCAGAGCAGUUUCAACAGCCAAGAAGGCAAUUCCUACCGGCUGCAAGAGUCUCUGGAGCAGGGUGGCGAGGAAUCCAUUUCCCCUACAUCUCCGACCGCCCUGGCCCCACGUGUCCGCAGUCACUCCUUCUACGUAAGCCACACCUCCAAAGACAGGAGCGGGGGAGAUCGAGGUGAAGGCUUUUUUAAAGACAAGCUGUUCAGCCUCCAUCGAGCCAACAGCUCACAGUCUGUGUCCUCAGGAGCAGGUCCCAAAGAGUCCAAGCCCACACCUUUGAAUACUUUAUCAGUGCAGCAGCAGCUUCGUCCAUCUUCCUGCAUAGACAUCUACGUUUCUGCCUCAGAGGACGUCCCACCCACAGAGAGCUUCUUGGAGCCUGUCCGGACAGUUCCAACACUCGCUCGAGAUUCAUCUCUCCAUUCUGAGAUCAUGGAGGUGGUGCUCUCGGGGGGGCGGGACUGCAGCGGAAGGGCAGGGGGCAGCGAAAGACAGUCGGAUGGUACGGUCCUGUUUGAGGACAGCGCCGCUGCUGACCUUUCGCUCUGCUCUGCCCACCUGCUGCCGGAUACCUUGCCCCCCUGGGACCUGGAUCCCUCGCCGCCACCAUCAGCUGGUGUUCUCGAGCGUUCCAAGAGCAGCCGCUUCCUGUCUGCAGCAGGGCCUCUGUUUCUGGACGAGUCGCCAUUGGUCAAGUCGCACAGUCUGAUGUUCACGUCACGUGGCUACUACGGCGGCAUGGGCGUGCAGGUGAAGGCGGCCGAAUAUACCAGCAUAACAGAUUGCAUUGACACCCGUUGUGUCUCUACCCCUUACCCUGUCCCAGAGAGGUCUGACUCCCCUGGAGGCUCUUUCACGUUCGAUAAGCCACAAGACCUGGGCGUCUCGCACCCCGAGAGAGACGCCGAGCUCAGUCACGCAGAAUCCGAUCCAGAGGAACACGCAGAGGGCUCAGCAGACACAGGUAAGGGCUGUCAAAGCAGCAGUGGGGGAAUAGGCGCAGACAUGGGCUUGGGCCUCGCUCUGGGCCCUUUUUGUUCACCGAUAUCUAGACUAGAGCGAGCAAACAGCUGCUCCUCUUCGGAGGAGUCCCAUUCCAACAUCUACUCCCGAAAGAGCUUCUCCAUUAGUGAGAGGAUGGACAAGGGCCGCGGAAGCUCAAGGAAUCCUUUCCAGAAGGCCAGAGCCGGGGCAAGGCUGGAGGGUAAGACAGACUCUCUGUCCAUGAGGAAACUGGCCAAACCCUCGGCAUUCCGAAGUUUUGACAGCAGACACAAUUACACGUGAUGAUGGCAUACCAGUAGUGAUGCCACUGUAGAUCUAGUUCCUGUAGGAUGGCUCUACCUCGUUUAAAAUCCAAGGGCCAGUCCGUUAAUUAGUACUGUCUGAGUGAGUAAUUAGCCGUACACUGGAAUGUUUUAUCAUGGGUAUCAACUUUUCUGUUAUAACACUGCAGUACAAAGUGUUCUUUAGAAUUCAUAGACUCAGAAGAUUGACCACUGCCCUUAGGUCAACAUCAUUUCCAAGUUGAGGCAAAAACCUUGAGAUUAAGGGCCUGUUAACACUGAGAUGAAUGUUCGGUAUGAAAAAAAAAUGUCAUUUGAGUGAAUAGUUGUUAAUGCAGAAUUAAAUUUUUAUCUUUUUCAAAGCACUGCAAAAAAACAACAAAAACACUGGCCAACCAAUAAGCUUUUUGGUUACAUAAACUUCAGGGGUGGUCACAAUACACUUUUCAUUCCACUGACUUCCAUUCAUACUCAAGCGAAUGAACACUCAAACAACAUUUGCUGCCUUCAAAAGUUUAAAAUUGGUCAACUUUGAUAUGCGACCAAAAGAAGAUCACAACCUAACAGCAUGACCUCGCAGCUGAAUUAAAAGAACGUACUUUUUUGAAGCUUUGAAUUUAGAUUUUUUUAAAAACACUUCAGCAUGUGACAUAUCGCAACACUUGUAAUGUCUGAAGAAAUUUUGUAUGCUCGUAAUUUUGUGACCUCUGCUUUAGUCGCACUUGGAAAUAGACUAUUUUACAGAUCCUUUCGCUGGUAUUUAAUGUUGAUUUGAAACCAACUCUUGCACCACAGCAAUUUAAAAAGAAAAUUGAAUGGCUGUUUGAAAACAUUGACUGUGUGACAGGUGAGCUUCAUAAAUGUUUAUUAAAAAAGCAUGUACCAGGGUAACAUUUCUCCUUGUGUAUAAGCGCCACCUACUGUCAGGGAGUGAUUUUGUAUUUUUAUUCAGCCUACCUGCCUUUUUUUUCGCUUAGGUCUGAACAGACAAAUUGCACUUGCAGCUGAUUUUUUGUGCUGAACAUUUGUGUUGGUGUGAACAGGCCUUAACACAACCUUGCAAUGCAACUAACUGUUUUAGCUUAGAUGAGUCACCCUCGACACAACAUGAAUCAUGCUCUGUUCAAAGACUGUCUAUCUCCUACAGGCCAGAUAGGGUGAUGGUUUCAUUCCAAAACAAUUAAACGUAAAUAAAAACAGGACUUUGACAGUUACAAAAAAUGUGAUGCUCAAGUUUGUUGUGUACACAAAGAUUUGUUCUGUCAACCCACACACAGAUUAGUUAAAUAUACACACGGUAAUUCCCUAAAAUGAUUGAAUGCAGAGUAUAAUUGGUUUCGUGAUGACAAGAUUAACCUUUUAGAGCCGUGAAAUACUUCGCGACCCACGUGGCUGUAUACAUAUGCAUUCAAAAAGCUUCAUACAGCGGAGAGUAACGUUAAAUUGGGUGUCUGAACACUGCAUAAGUUCGUGCACAAUUUUCAUGCUCACUAUUAAGCAGAUAACAAAGCUCACAGCAUUAAAUGAUCAUGUUUUGUCUUUGUAGUCUGUAUUGUUCAAAAUAUAUCACAGCAGGAUACCCAUUUGAGUAUAUUUCAAUAAAAGUAACCAGCCGAACCCUAUACUAACAGCACGUUUGGUAAGGAAUGCUAGUUUACUGCUAACUGCACUGUAUACUACAUACUAUUUAUUAAUAGUAUGUGAAAGUAUAUGAUGAUAAAUGUUUUAAACAGUAGUGUGCUGCAUUGUUGUCACAAAACAUUUUUAUUUGGAAAUACCGGUUUAACUCAAUUUUACGUCCGAAUGUUAAAACUCCAAAUGAACAGUCAAGCACAUUGACUUGUCGGCUACGGUAUUAUGCAGUGUGUUCAGGUUGUAUCCCGCAGGUAGCAGGUCAUUUAAGUAUUCCCUUUCAUCCAAAAUAAAAAAAAAAAAAAAAGUUCUGCAGUGGUAAAAUAUAGAGUAGUGCGAUAGUGUGCCGUUCCAAACACUUUUCAGACUGUUGCAAAUGCAUAGAGAACCUCUCACAAACGGAUUUAAUAGCAAAAAGCCUGGUUGUCUUGAUAUAAGUGUAUGUUGUUUUACACAGAACAGGUAAUAUAUGUUGACUUGCUAUGCAAGACGCCACAGAGAGCCGGUCAGUAAGAAGUGUUAUGCACUUUAAAGCAGGAGUUCAUUAUGCACACCAGUCUCAUCACUAAUCAACCUGAUAGUUGAUUAACAGCGUUUCAUUUCAAAAGAGAUUAAAAGCACAUCAGUGCGAUUGAGACAGGGACCCAUUCAAUGUUAAAAAUGUCUAUGUUAACGUUUUGGAAGGAUAUGAUAAACACUAAUACAUGAUAUUCUUUCUAUUUACAGCAAGUUAUAUGCCUUGACAAUUUUCUUCCUCUUUUAUUGUUAAUCAAGAUAAAUAAAUAUAUAUAUAUAUAUAUAUAUAUAUAUAAAUGUUUGGUUUAUUUUAUAAUGAUCAAAUGAUCAUAGUGGGCAUUCGGAAGGGUAAAGAUAUCUGACGUCUUUUUUUAAAAAAUUGCAUAUAAAUCAAUCACUUUAAUUGAAGUAGAACAAUUACUACUCGACAAUAUACUGUUUUAAAUUGCAGUUUAACUUAAAUCAAAGGAAACCGCGCAGUUUAAAGCAAUACACACGUGUGCUUUGUACCUCCGCCAUAAAUCUAGUGUGCUAUUUAAUGUAGUCACUUUUUAGCAACCAAAUUACUCCAGCCAUUCCCUUUCCACCACACGUAUCACUCAUAAGAUGUAUUUUAUUUGCCUUACCGAUGUGCAAUACUGCUAAGAGUUUGAAAACGUUUUAUUAGAGUCACAGUGUUCUGAGAUGUAGAAACGUACACUUGGUGUUAGAGCUUGUAUGCGAAUCAAAAGCAAAUACUAAAAGACAUGAUUUCAUUUUUUGUGCAUAGCGGUCAUUUGAAUCACUGUGGUUUUUAAAUAUCCAAUCAUCUUAAUAUCAAUAUCAGUACGACGUUCACUAUCCUGAUCAGAUUUGCUUCAUUUUGUGUGAUUUCAAGCUUGAUUUACUGUUUGGGCCUGCUCUCCUUCACAGGAGUCUUCACUAACACUUCUACAAGGUGAUUAUACUGCAAUGAGCCUUAAAACUGAGGUGUAAUGAACACGCGAACAAUACAUGGGCCCUUAAAACAUGUCCAUGCUGUAUUAUUUUGGAUAGUGUCUUUUAACAAACCCUCUUGUUGGACUGGUUCCAGCAAAAGAUGAUGGAGAGGGCAUUUAAUUAAAUGUAAGUUACUGAAUGCAAGUUUAUCUCACUCUUUGUUUUGCUCUCUUGUUAAAGAGGUUUUGUUUGGGAUAGAAGAGCGAGCAUAUUUAUGACACUCUGUUUUUCCACAUGUAAAUGUUCUGUAUAUGAGCUGUAAAUCUUUCUGUGGAUGUAAAAAAACCGAGUUUAAUAUAAUGAUAGGAUUUUACGAGAACGUUUCUGUGUCUGAUAGAAGACAUUACACUAUGACAACCUACCCAGUGUGCCAAAAUGACAUGAUGACUUAUAACUUUAUGUACAGUAUUUUCUUAAUAUUUUCCUAUACUGUAGCAUAAAAGGUUGUGAAUUGUAUACCACUUUAGUCAAGUUUUCCCCUCCACUUCUUUUUAAACUUAUCGGUGAGCACUUGUCUGCUAACAAGUCCAAGCACAUGUUUUCUGCAAUAAUGCUGUAGUUUGAACGGAAAGGUCUUAGAUUAUUUAGUGUCUUUAAAAUGCAUGUUGUUCUUCCAAAAGAUAAGAGCUGAGAGAUGAGAGAACGGGGAGCGGGAUCCGAGGACUCUUGUCCUACAGUAGAAAGCUAAGUAUUUGGAUGCAAAUACAAAUGUGUAUACUGUAUUCCUCAAUGUGAAUAAGAUGUUUGGCAUGUAUUAACAAAUAAAAGAAUAUAUAUAUAUAAUUCAAAA